AUGGCCAGCAAAAGAACACAGCCUCUGGUUGCCUACGACGAUGAAUCCGACUAUCAUGACGAAAGCGAUCACGACAACACCGAAUUUCUGCCGCACGCGAAACGCCGACGACUCAAUCCUCAUUCCGUAGACGACGACAUUGCCCUGCCGGCCAGGCGGCCGACGCGCGUUCAGCAGCCCGACUCUAACCCUACACGUAAUAGCAUAUCCCGCGAUCUACUCUCCUCUCUCUCAGACGAGCUGCUCAUUCGCAUCCUAUCGUUCCUUCCACUCCAACACCUCCUCGCCGUCGCCCCAGUGUCGCGCCGCUUCUACCAGCUCGCUGGAGAUUCUCAAUUAUGGAAGGCGUUAUACUACGCGCGCUUCGUGCUACCGCGCGCCAUGAGGAUACCGGGAUUCAGAGACACCGCGGCCAGUGGUGGCGGUACCGGCCACAAAUUGCAUUACUCGGGCAGAAGGACACUAUGGGCUGAUGGGCGACGUGGUGGACUUGUUCAAGCAAAGAAGGAGGAGGGAAUCAAGACUGGAAGCAAGAGGAGGAGAGACGAGCAAAGCACUUUCGACAACAGCGGACUAGGCGUAGAAGUCGACGGACGGUCACAAGAGCGGAAAUGGGAGCCUGUUAACUGGAAGAGGCAGUAUAAGAUCCGAUACAAUUGGUCGAGGGGCAAAUGCGCGGUUGAAGAGCUGAGGAUAGGGGGUACGGCGGACACGACGCAAGAGGGAAAUCAUCAACAACAGGAGCGAAAGGUGCUCGUAAAAGUGGUCGAAGGGAUUGCGAUCACCGCGGACAAGGUGUCGGGUUUGCGCACAUGGGAUCUGAAGAGCAGACAUCUGCUGGCGCAAGUGAGUCUCUGCGAGGACGGGCUGGACUCUACGCCAAGCUGUAUUGCUAUUGACGACUACGAGUUGGACCACGGGAUGUUGGACGUGGGAGUGGGUUUCCUUGACGGGAGUUUUGGGGUUUGGAGGUUUUUCAGUGGCGAGAACCGUCUUGUAAGGCGGUACAAACACGAAAAGUCGAGUAAUGGGGAACUCGUUGCGAUGGCCCUAUCGUAUCCCUACCUGUUGACGGCCACGGCAGCGGUAUUGGUAUCGCUUUAUACCUUCGAGGUACCCCAGCAGCCACCGGCAGACCAAUCGGCUCAGAACUCGGGGGCGGGUGGCGAGGCGAGAACGAUGACAGAAGCGGGUGGUCCAAUGGAGGAGAAGUCGGGUGCCUCUGAACACGAUACCGAUACGCUUCCAGCGCCAUAUUUGCUCACAUCACUCAACUCUUACUCCUCGAGACCUCCUCUUGCACUAUCCAUACGAAAGAUGGCUUUGACAACCGUCGCCUCAAUAGCUUACACUUUUCCCACUCGGAGGGGCUGGUCCAUCGGUCUUCAGGACAUGCACAUCCGCGCCCCAAGUACAGGCGUCAAGUCCGCUCCCGACAUCACUACAACAAAAACAGCAUACACCAUGCCGUUAGACACUGGCAGUGGGCUGCAAGAAACACCAACAACACCCUUACAUGAAAUUGUUGCUAGAUCUCGAGAACCGGAUAGCCCAUCCUCGCGAACCCCUCCAGUUACAGUCGGGCCUACGACACUUUGCUACACUCACCCUUAUCUUCUCGCCACUCUGCCUGACAACACCCUUGUGCUGCACAUGUGCACAUCAACCGCCUCGUCGCUGUCCAUCUCACGUGGUAUUCGGUUAUGGGGCCACACAUCGGGAAUUAGCAAUGCCGAGAUAACGGCGCGGGGAAAGGCCGUUAGUGUCAGCUCGCGGGGUGAAGAGAUGCGAGUCUGGGAGCUGGAAGGACGGUCAAGCGGAAUUGGCAGCCGAAGCAUCGAGAUUAAACCCGGUCCUGCUGCCUCAAGUGAUAACAAAAGCGGCUCGGCUCCUCCCAGCGGCGGCGGCCUUGCAUUGGACAACAAAGAAGAUUUGGAAUACGAUUGGGAUGAACGUAGGAACUGGGUGGGAUUCGACGAUGAAGUGGUCAUUGUGUUGAAAGAGAAGAGAGGUGGGGGCGAGAGUUUGAUGGUUUAUGACUUUACCUAG